UCCAUCCCCCCAUUCCCUCCCCCCAACCCCGUUGCCUCCCGCUUGGACCUGCUGCAGCCAGGAUCCCGGGGAGCCGAGCUGGGCUGGCCGCCCGGGGAGCCGGCCCUGAAGCGGACCAUACCCCACAAAGAAGCCCGGAGCUCUAAGGGACAGCCCACCUGGGCCUCCGGACCCACCGGUCCGACUACUCUCCCCCGCCCGCAGGCAUCCUCCGCCGCUGCUGCAUCUCCUGUCCCAUCCCAGCCCCUCCCUCCCUCCCCUUCCCACUCCUCCAUCCCCACCCCAAGCCCCCAGACUCUUUUCUGGAACCCGUCUGUUGUCUAGCAUCCCAGAGCCUACCUCCACCUUCCCUGGGGGAAUCUGGCCCCUCCCUGCUCCCCUCCCCCACCCCACAUCCCUAGGGCGAUGAAAUGAACCGGUGCCCCCCCUCCCUCCGAGCUGCCCCCGGGCACUGUGCCCACCCCCUGCCUGCUGUGGGGAGAGAACCUCCCGCUGCCCCAACGUGACCUCCGUCCCUGGGGGACAGGCGGAUUCCCCCCCUCCCCACCCCAGUCUCUUCAAGGGCCCUCUGACAUCCUUCCAGCUGGAACAUUUGGGCCAUGCACCCUGGGACCCCGGCAGGGGGUGGGUUCUGGGGCUAAGGGGUGAGGGAGGGGGGCAAGAGGAGAGAAGAAGGGAGUGGCCCUUGGGUUUCAUUGAGAUGCUCUCAGGUGCCAGGGGGACACUGCAACAGAGGCAGGCGCCACGGGGGUGGGCACAAUGCCCUCACCCAGUGAUUCAAGCCAUUCCCUGACCAGCCGGCCCAGCACCAGAGGCCUCACCCAUCUCCGGCUCCACCGGCCCUGGCUCCAAGCUCUGCUCACCCUGGGGCUGGCCCAGGUGAUACUAGGUGUCCUGGUGGUCACCUUCAGCAUGGUGGCUUCCUCAGUCACCUCCACGGAAAACAUCAAGAGGUCCUACCCGUCCUGGGCCGGCUUCUCGCUGGCAUUCUCAGGGGUAGUUGGCAUCGUAUCCUGGAAGAGACCAUUCACUCUGGUGAUCUCCUUCUUCUCUCUGCUCUCCGUACUCUGUGUCAUGCUCAGCCUGGCCGGCUCGGUGCUUUCCUGUAAGAAUGCUCAGCUGGCACGCGACUUCCAAGAAUGCUCAAUGUGUUGUCCCCCAACCCAGGAAGGGAAGGUCUGUGUCUGCUGUCCCUCCUUUCACUUGCCCAGACCCUGCAGGGACUCGGGACAGGAGCUGAAAAUCUCCCUGAGCACAACCUGCGCUGAUGCUCUGGGGGCCCUCAAGAACCUCCUCUUCAGCGUCUGCGGUCUCACGGUCUGUGCUGCCAUUGUCUGUGCUCUCUCCGCUAUUGUUUGCUGCAUCCAGAUCUUUUCUCUCGACCUUGUGCACACGCUGGCUCCCGAACACUCAGCCUCGGGUACUCUGGGGCCCCUGGGCUGCGUGUCUCCCCCAGCUCCUCUGCUCCACACCAUGCUGGACCUGGAAGAAUUUGUGCCCCCGGUGCCUCCACCUCCGUAUUACCCCCCAGAGUAUACCUGCAGCUCAGAGACAGACGCUCAGAGCAUCACCUAUAAUGGAUCCAUGGACAGCCCAGUGCCCCUGUACCCCACCGACUGCCCCCCGUCCUAUGAGGCUGUCAUGGGACUCCGAGGAGAUAGCCAGGCCACACUCUUUGACCCUCAGCUUCAUGAUAGUUCCUGUAUCUGUGACCGCGUGGCUUCCAUCGUGGACGUGUCCAUGGACAGUGGGUCCCUGGUGCUGUCGGCCAUUGGAGACCUCCCCGGCGGUUCUAGCCCAUCUGAAGACUCGUGCCUACUGGAGCUCCAGGGUUCUGUGCGUUCUGUGGACUACGUCCUCUUCCGAUCCAUCCAGCGGAGCCGGGCUGGCUACUGCCUCAGCCUGGACUGUGGGCUCCGGGGUCCCUUCGAGGAUAGUCCCCUGACCCCAAGACCACCCCGAGCUGCCCGCUCCUACUCCUGCUCCGCCCCAGAAGCCCCCCCCACACUUGGUGCCCCCACCGCCGCCCGAAGUUGCCACCGGCUAGAAGGCUGGCCCCCCUGGGCUGGGCCAUGCUUCCCAGAAAUCCGUCGUCGGGGACCUCGGGGAGGAGGUCGAGGAGAGGCCCCUCCCGUCCGGCCCCCUGCCCGACGAUUCAGUGACAGCUCAGGCUCCCUCACCCCCCCUGGGCACCGGCCUCCUCAGCCGGCUCCCGCCUUGCUGCUUCGAUCCCAUAGUGACCCGGGCAUUGCCAUGUCCAGCGAGACUGCUGAUUUCAGGGACCUUUAUACCAAAGUGCUUGAGGAGGAAGCUGCUUCUCUCUCCUCUGCAGACACAGGGCUCUGCUCUGAAGCCUGCCUCUUCCGCCUUGCCCCUUGCCCUUCCCCCAAGUUGCUCCGUGCCCGUUCAGCUGAGAAACGGCGUCCAGUGCCCACCUGGAGAAAGGUGCCAUUGCCUUCUGGGCCUGCACCUGCCCACUCUUUGGGGGAUUUAAAGGGCAGCUGGCCCGGUCGUGGCUUAGUGACUCGCUUCCUCCAGAUGUCCAAGAGGGUACAGGAGUCCAGUGGACAUGGCGUCCAUGGCCAUAAGCAGGUACAGCGAAGCCCUUGGAGCCGGCCUGGACUCGAAAGCCUUCACCUGCGCAGCUGCGGAGACCUCAGCUCCGGCUCGUCCCUUCGCCGCCUUCUGUCUGGCCGAAGGCUAGAAAGAGCUACGCGCCCUCACAGCGUCAACGGGGGCAGCCAAGAAAGUGGGCUGUGAGCCCCGACACCAUUUGCUGACUUCCACCUGGCUCUAACCUGUGUUCUGGGCCGCCCGACACCCAUCCAGGCCCACGUGAACACGGGCCACGAGCUACCAGCUGGCCUUGGACCAGCUUCUGUCACCGCCUCCUUGCACCAGUUGGCAGGAAAAAAAUCUGCUGAACCUCCCCCUGACUGAUGUCCCUCUCUUUCCUGCUCUGGGUGGGGUGGGGGGAACGUUCCUUGCUGCUCAUCCUUUCCCUCCCUCUCCACCCAGGAGAGCUUUGCUCAUGCACUGCAUGGGGCUACAGGGCGUUGGGGGGAGGCUGCCUGGGGCUGAGCCCGCUUACAGCUGAUACACGAUGUGCGUGUGUUGGAUGGAGGAAGAACCAAUAAAUUCUUCUCCUCCCCCAA